ACCGUAACGGAAGCGUUCCACACUGGAAUCGUCUACAUCAGCGUGACCAAAGAAUCUGAAAACAAUGACUUCAGCGUUCUCUGGAGUAGCAGUGGCGCAAGGUCCAAAACUUCUUCUGAGGAGCCUCAGAUUCUGCUCGAACUCGCACGCUAGCGUGAGAAAUUGCCGUGCGUUCGCGAUGGAUUCUUCUUCUGUUAGGGUUUCUUCUUCCAAUGGUGGCGGUGGCGACGGCGAGGUUCGGUUUCCGUUGUCAUCGGCGGCGUCGAGCGCUCUGGUCAUUCAGAAGGGAGAUAUCACGAAGUGGUCAAUUGAUGGUUCCACUGAUGCAAUAGUGAAUCCUGCCAAUGAGAGAAUGCUUGGAGGUGGUGGAGCUGACGGAGCUAUACAUAGAGCUGCAGGCCCAGAACUUGUUCAAGCUUGCCUCAAGGUUCCAGAAGUCAGGCCUGGAAUCCGCUGCCCAACAGGGGAAGCAAGGAUCACACCAGGUUUCAAGCUUCCAGCUUCUCAUGUUAUUCAUACCGUUGGACCAAUUUACCAUGCAGAUAAUAAUCCAGCUGCCUCUCUGGCGAAUGCAUACAGAAAUAGCUUGAAGGUUGCAAAAGAGAACAGCAUUCAGUAUAUAGCAUUCCCAGCCAUAUCAUGUGGUGUCUAUGGCUACCCUUAUGAUGAAGCUGCUACAGUGGCUAUUUCUUCCAUAAAAGAGUUUCCAAAUGACUUUAAAGAGGUCCACUUUGUUCUGUUUUUGCCUGAAAUUUAUGACACUUGGGUAAACAAGGCAAAGGAGUUGCUGAAAGAGUAAAUAUGCUUCAUCUUAUACGGGUCCAUAGAAUUGAACACCAUAACGCAUUGUUCCACUUCAAACGGUUCCUUUUGGAAAAGAUACAAGUUUUUGUAAAACUGCUUGAGGAUGUAGUUUUCUCUUGAAAAUUCGGGUGUUAUAUGUAAUGACUUGGUUUGUACUAAAUGAGAUCCAUUCGAGUGUUUGAUACUUCUGCUAAA